AUGCCUAAGAGGGCGAGGACCGAACUGGAUGAUGCUGUUGAUCGGAACUUUGUCAAGAAAUGUCGAGUUGGUCCGAGGCGCAGCGUGUCCGGUCUCAGUGACGAGAUACUUCUUCGAAUUCUAUCCUUCCUAACGUUCAAAGAUCUUCUCGUUGCCGAACGGGUCUCUGCUCGAUUCAGGGCAUUAGCCACCGACCGCGAAAUCUGGAAAGCGCGAUAUUAUGACGCCUGGGUCAGGUCUCGUGUUCGGCGGCGAACUCCCAUCCAGCAAUUGUAUAAGGCAAAGCAGUUUGCAAAGCCAUCGCAAAGGCUCGAUUAUGGCCAGAUCCCAAGGCUUAGUGCCGCGGCAGAUUGGAAACGUCUUUACAAGAUUCGGAGCAACUGGGACACCGGAGCAGCAAGAGUCAGGGAAAUCGAAAUCGCGAAAGCUCCAUCGCCUCCAGCAGUGGCGAAGGUCCAUCAAAACAUGGUUUUCACCGUCGAUGAACGAGCCGGACUGAGAGCUUGGUCGCAAAACGACGGGACAAGAGCAUUGAGAUCACAGGUCAAGAUAAGGACUUCGGCUCAACCAACGUGCAUGGCAGUUGGAACCGUUGGAGGAGAAACGAGGGUUGUCCUAGGUUUCGAUGAUGGAGGACUAUCGCUAUACAAGUUCCAAAGUGCGCAAGGUUUUUCCGUGGAAUGCAGCCACACAUCAUUGGAUGGGCCACUCAUGGCAGUCACCCUGGCGGAGUCUCAUAUCAUGACGAUUUCCAAGACCAGGUUCCUUUCUGUAUAUCACACGCGGUCAAAGGAAGAUAGUACGGUGGCGGGAGAAAGUUUGAUCCCUAUUGCUCGGCUGCAGUCAGAUGCCUCAUUCGCCCCAGUCUCGAUAGCUCUGCGAAAGAUUCCCGGGGCGAUCAUUGCAAGUAUUGCCUAUGCUUUCAACCGGCUUCAAAGUGGGUGGUGCUUAGGGCUGCAGGAGAUACGAUUAUCCAACGCAGGUCAAGUGAUGAAUAGCAGGAUUGCAUCAACGAUUGAUACUGCGGUCGAUGCAAUAAAAAAGGACGGCCAUCAUUGGGAGCUAACAACCCGGUCGACAAGUUCACUGCCAUUGCCACUCCAUCCACAGCUCACGAGUGCUCCUACCUCGCUUUCAUACGAACAUCCAUUCGUGGUCUGCUCACUUUCGGAUAACACCUUGAUGUCGUUUCUGGUCCUUUCGAACACCGACUCGCUCGAAAUUCACACCGGAAGGAGAUUGUGGGGUCACACCUCGGGCGUUUGUGGGGUUCAGGUCAACGGUCGUGGAAAAGUGGUGUCGAUCAGUUCUAGAGGGAAUGAAAUUCGGUCGUGGGAAUUGGAGGACGUCAUGACAACAGUGGUGCCAAGUCGAACAAGUACAGCGAUUAAAGCUGUGGAUGGGCUUGCUGGAGUUGUGGCAGCCAUGGCCCAGCGGCGGGCUGGACUUGGUCUUGCAUUGUCGGAAAUGGAAAAAGAACAAGCUCUGACGCGACGAUGGGUAGGGUUCGACGAUGAACAAGUAGUGAUAUUAGGAGAUCGAGGUCAGAGUCAGAUUAUGGCAUUGUACGACUUUACGUAG